AUGGUCUGGCUUGGCAGUAACAGCAAAGAUCUCAAGGACAGGGGAAAUUCUUCUCCCACCCUAGCAACGAUAGCCUCCACGGAGCUGGUGGUUCUGCUGGAAGAUGAAGUCUUUGUAGAUUUUUUCAACACAUUCCUGAAUCUCCCCGUCUUUGGCCAGACACCAAUUUACAUGGCCAACAUUUGCCAGUGGUUCCUGUGGCCAGAGUUACCAUGCUACCUGGUGCCAAAGUACAAAGGCUUAUUGACCUGGAUGGAAAAGUACCGGCUGCCGCACUUCUGUAAAACCAACUUGUGUUUUCAUUACAUUCUCUGUCAGGAGCUUCUCAGUUUCAUUAGAUCCAAGGAGGCAGCAGAGAUGCUGAAAUGGAAGAGUGCAGAUCAAUGGCUGCUCGAAAAGUGCAUUAGCGGUAGCAGGGGAAUGUGGCGCUUUCGUUCUUUUAUCCAAGGAAUGGCAGGUGAGCACAGAGAGCUUCCUUCAUACUGCCCCCUACUUCCCUAUGUAUCCAUAGUUUGUGCAGAGUGGCAAUCCCUGCAUCUGGACAUUGGGAUAUGUAACGGGGAAGAGCUGACAAAGUUCUGGCUUGCUGCAGAAAGGAUCUUGGAGAUUGAUGAGUCAGAUGUUGCCCAGCGAGAUCUCUACCUGUCACUGCUCCAAGUGCUGAGGGCCACUCAUUUGCAGGAGGGCUCCACAGUAGUCACCCUCUGCAGCAUGAGCAUUGAGUCUCUGUUGAAGAUCUCAGGCUGGCACCCUCAGCACAUCAGCACCAGGAGGGAGCUCCUGAGCGAGAUGCAGAAAGUAGCCCUGUUUAAGAUCCAAAGUUAUUGGCUCCCUAACUUCUUCAUUCAUUGCAAGCUGAACAUGGAGAAGGAGGAGGCCUGCCAGCCUCUGCUGUGGGAAUACCAAGAGCGUUUAUUACAGGUGGGCUCAAAGGAGAAGGCAGUGUCUCCAGCACCCACAAUGAGUAUCAGGAACAGCCGGGCUACGUCAGAGCCGUACUCCAGUAAAAAAGCCAAGGAGCAGAUCUGGGAUCUCGUAACUUGUGGAAGACAACCUAAAGAAACAGAGAAACACAGGAGACCUGGGCUGCAGCCUGAGGGGCAGCCAAGCUCAGACUGGAGUGCAAGUAGUCUGACAGACACGAAGCAACCACCUCCUAAAGAGGAUGCCCUGGGAAAGACUUCUGUGUGGGCACAACAUCCAGAAAGGGGUGUUAAAGAUAUGGAAAAGGCCACUUCUUUCAAAACACCCAGCCCUAACGCCCAGUUGCCUCUUCAACUGGAGGAGAUUGGCAAAAGGAGAAGCCUCUCUGAUCUACGUACUUCUACACCCAUUGCCCAGCUGCCUUCACUGCUAGCCCUGAAAAAGAUUGUCAAACCCUCUUCUUCUUUGGAUUUCCUUCCUUGGGCACUUAAUGCCGACAGCUGCGCUGGCCGCCCCUUCAGGAAGUUCUUGAGGAGCAAGAACUAUGCUGUGGAGACUCAUCUUUUGGAUCUGUGGCAUGAUCUGGAGGAUUUUCUGUGCAUGGUGCUGAGCUCCAGCAAAGGCGGCAGCUUCCUCCUGCGCCAUUUGAUGGGUGAAAGGAUAUGUGAGAUCUAUUUAACAGAAAGCAACCACCAGCACCUUCCCCUGAAGCCGAACACUCUCAGGAACCUGCAAGAUCUUCUGCCGUCUGGAGAGGUCAUUCCUUGGAUAUUAAAAGCACAGGAAGAGAUUUGCAAGAUACUCAGCUUCUUCUACAACGACUUUCUUGCUGAUGAUGAUGAAACGUUUCUUCGUUUUGUGUCUCAGAGGAGCAAGGUCCAGAAGCCUGUGGGAAAAGAGGAGACUUAUGGAAAAGAUGAACACCUUCUGCUGGCCAAGAGGAUAAACGAAUCCCUGACUCUGAGCCAAGCCUUAUAUGGAGUGAGGGACUUCGAGACACUCUCAGAGGAGCACUGGAGAUUCAUAGCCACUCAGGAUCUCACAAAAGGGGGAUCGAUUCAGGUUGAACUGGAGCCUGUUGUGCGCAAGACAGACUUCAGGAGCAUGACAUUCGAGGAGCUGACCCUCAGGAAUCCUUCAAUGGCUGUAGAGGUGUUAAGUGAGGACUAUGAGCUCUUCUGCAGCAUGUUUCCCUCCCUUGCGUUCGAUCUUGAAUACGAAGAGAGGAAGUGUGUUCGCCUGAGCAAGACAAGUCUGUCCCUCAUGAGGAGGGAGACCCUCAUGUUAAGGAAGCCCUCUCUAAGACCCAGGUAUCUCAUGGAAGUGUUGCACAACCCCGUCCACCUGGAGUUUUUCAGGCAAUUCCUCAAACAACAUAACGCCGAAGCCCCACUGCUCUUCUGGCAGGCGGUGGAGAAGCUCAACACCGAGUCCAACCCCAAAGCUCAGAGAGCUUUGAUCAACAGUAUCCUCAAGAAUUUCUUCCACAACAAAGUGCCUGCUGAGGAACUGCUGCAAUGCCAAGCUUCCAUCAUCAGAGAUAUACCCAAGGCUGGCCUGGUCACCAGCUCCAUGCUAUUCACAGCACAGAGCUUUGUCCUGAAAGCAAUGGAAGAGAAAUGGUUUAAGAUGUACCAAGAUUUGUACCCUGGGAGCGCUAUUUUUGACACUCACUUCGUCACGAGGCAGGGAAGGGGAUCCUUCAUAAAGGAUAAGCUGAAGAGAGUGUGGUUCGUGCUCCAGGCUUUCAUCAGGAGCAUCUGCAAGUUCCGGAGGGAGAUGAACAAUCGGCAAUCCCGCAAAGACUUUGAGGACUUUCUCCGGAGGGAGCUCGUAAAUCAAAAAGAAAACUUGCCCAGUAGCUCCAUGCGCAGUACCAUUGCCAUGGCUAGCCCCCGCCAGGCCGUGCCGACUGCCAGCACGGGAGAGGAUGUGGAGGUGAUACAGGUGAAGCGCCGGCUCUUUAAUCAGCGGCACAUUUCCAUCAACUUCCUGGUCAACGACCUCAGUUUUUACCUGGAGAUUGAGAAGUUUUGUCACCUGGCUGAUUCAGCUGCAGUGCUCGCAGCCUGCGGGAUGUACACCGAGAGGGACGUCACCUUUCUUAAGACCAAAGUGGCCACAAUCACCAAACUCUUCCUGAACUCCGAAGUCGCUCCUAAACUGCGGGUGAACAUUUCUGAGGGCCAGAAAGAUUUAAUCCGGAAUUUAGUUUCCAAAGGAGUCCUGGAUCGCAGCCUCUAUCACGUGGCCUUGCUGAACGUCUUCCCGGUUCUGAUACACUUCUGGAAAAGAUACUGUAACUGGAAGGCAAUGGAAUCUUUCCGCAGGUACCCGAAGAUAAAAAAAAAUCUCUCUCCACUCCCUGCUAAGGCAUCACCUAUAACAUCCAGUAUCUUCAGUGGGGAGGACUAUCCAAUCAUUAGGUUCACGCUGCUCAAGGGGAUCCAGCUGCUGCUGCCUCAGCCUCGGGAGGAAGUGGAUUCUUCUACAGAGCAAAAGUCAUCAUCUGAAAGCCUCAACUGGAAAAAGCCUCCAUCUGGCAUCUGCGUGACCCAACAGAUCGGGUAGGUAAUGACUGGGAAACCUCAUCUCCUUCCGUCCAGACCCAGUACGAGUGCCUAGCAUGAUUUCCCAUCUCAUUCGCUUCCUAGGCUGAGUACAAAUUGUGUGGGCAUGCCAACUCCCUGUCCCCCCAACCUACCCCAGGCACAAUGAAGAGUGGGGAACGUAACCCCAGCUAGGGGUGGAUGGGAUUGUUGGCUUCUCAGCUUUGUUGCAAUUCCAG